UGCCUCUCCUGUGUCCCCUCCGCCUGUGGGACCCUCGCUGCCAUCGGAACCAUCGCGGCUGAAGCCGCUCCGGGAGCCAGAACUGCUCCCGUAGCCCGGCCCCGGCCCCACAUGGACCUCCCGGCGCAGGAUGGGGCUGAGGCACCCCUGGAGGGGAGCCCCGAGGCUGAGGGGCCCGAGGGGCCGCAGCGCCCGGCGGGGCGGUGGUCGGGGGCCGAGGUGGGCUCCUGGCUGGCGGCACACGGCGGGGGCUGGCGGCUGGCGGAGCUGGCUCGGGAGCACGGCCUGACGGGCCGGACCCUGCUGCGCCUGACCGAGGGGUCCCUGCGGCGCAUGGGGGUCACCCCGAGGAGCCGGCGCCGGGAGCUGCUGCGGGAGCUGCUGCGGCUGCGGCUGCAGGAGGAGAUCCGGGAGCUGCGGAGCAUCGCUGGCGAGUGAAGAUGAUGUCCCUGCAGAUGUCCCAGAGCCGGUGGGAGCAGAGGAGAUGGGGUGUGAGAACAAAGCAGCUGGGACUGAGCAAGACAUGCAGGAAUAGUGCUGGAGGAGCCCUGAGAUCACUGUGACCUCCCUGAAAAAUCCAGAGCCUGCCCGGUGCAGGAGCUGACAGCAGAACCUUAGAAGCAGAAUUUGAUCCACGAGUCCGGGCAGCUACCCCAGCCAGGCAGAAAGUAGUCCUAGAACUGAUCUUGUGUGAAAUAGGGGCUCACAAACACAAAGGCACUCACUGGAGUGCUGAAAAACUUUUGAAACCUUUGCAAAAAUCUUCAAUUGGGUUGAAAAUAGCUCAGAUUGUGCAAUCAAGAAUCCAACAAAUGGUAGUUUGUUAAAGAAACAACCCUAACAAGGCUAACAAAAUAAUGCUGGGAGCCAUAAAAUCUGGAAAUGUUGUGGGUGAGCAUUGGCAGAUUGAUUUCACUGAAUUGCCCAGACAAGGAGGGUAUAAACCCCUCCUGGUUCUGGUGGCCAGAAUCCUUCCCUUGUCACACCAGCCAGGUUAGGGAAGUGACUGAAGUACUGUUUGGUUCAAACCUGGAUUGGGGGUGCCUUUGGGAAUGUUGUCAGACAGAGGUUCCCAUGUUAUUGCAGAAGGGCUACAAGAGCUUGGGAGAGCCUUGGGAAUAGCUUGGGAUCUUCACACUCCUUACAGGCCCCAGGCUAGUGGCAAAGUGGAGUGAGUGAAUUAUGCAAUCUAAUUGCAAUUGGAUACUUGGGUAAAAUAUGUCAGGAAACCUCCUUGGCCUGGGUCCAAGCCUGACCUGCUGCUCCACAUCAAAGCAGAAUUCAGCCAUGGGCCACCAGCAAAAUCAGCUCCCGUGAGCUGCUCUGCGGUCGACCCUAUCAAGUGCCACACUCCAGGAAACAGAGAUGUUAAAAGGAGGGGUCGAUUUGAAUAAUUUCUCAUUUCUCUUAGUAAAAGCUUACAGGAUUUGCAGCGAGCAGUGGUGAUCUCCAGAUGUGAUUGAACACGCCAGGGCAUGAGUUCCAACUGAGAGACUGAGUGUACUUGAAUGACUGGGGAACUGCUCCACUCCAGCCAAAGUGGAAGCGACCUUUCCAAGUGCUGCUGGCAACUUUUACUGCCUUGGAACUGGACACAGUAAAUUUGUGGAUACAUUAAAGCAGAAUUAAAAGGGACGAAGCCUCUUGGGAAGAAGUCAAGAACUUGCCACAAGCUGUUUUACAAAACUGAAUGGCACUAGCCCUUGUUUCAGCAUCACAAAGAGGAAUAUGAACUGUCAUAAACUCCAGUUGCUGUGUGAUCAAAGUGGUAGAGUGUCCACAGAUGUCCAGGAAAUCUGGAAACAAACCCCACACAAGCACAGCUCAAGAUGUACCUCCUGGGGAUUUGAAGAAAUCUGGACCAAACUUCCUUCAUGGGUACCCAGCUGGAUGUGGUAAAACAUCUGUUUAUAAUCGACUCCAUAAUAAUUGCUUUUAGCCUGCAUCAAGACUCAGUGUUGUAGCUGUUUUAAUGCCUUAUACUCUGAAAGGAAAUAUAAAUCUUAAAGAGGCUGCUUCCCACAAGAAACUUAGUCUCAAGAAAAGGACAGGAGAACAGCACAGCCUUGGAGAAACAGAUAAAGGGUGUAAAUCAGGCAAACAGAAAUCAUGCAAAAUGCCCGCUCAGCUCUGCAAGGCACAGUUGUACAAAGCACAAGUUCUGCAAAAGAAGGGUAUUGCCCUUACUCAAGAGCGAGGGUCAUGGAACAUGCUCCUAAAAAUGACACUGGAUAUUGAAGACAGACCCCAAAGAACCAUUUAAGGACUUCUGGUAAGGUGUGUGACUGUAAAAUUAAAUAAGUGGGGAUAGCUAAUGAAUAUACAACCUGUGUGUGUGAUAAAAGCUCUGUUCAUCCAACACUCGUCAGACUUGAUCAGAGGAAGUAUCCCCCAAAUGAGCAGCGCUGUAAUAAAGAAUGGCUGGUUUCUAAUACUCAAAACUGCUUUAGAAAGUUUCUCUCCAGCCAAUUUCAGUAUCAGUCUAGUGUGUUCUAUAGCACAGAUUUGCAGCCUCAGCUGGUUUUUGUACUGCUUCCAAGAGCUGGGAUAUUUGUGUCCCACAUUUGGUCGAUGUACCUUGGGCUGAUUACAAACAGCUCUCUCUCCAGGGCAUGCACUGCACCAAAAGAAUCUCCCCAAAUGUUCACUUUCUCUCACUUUCCAACAGCCUUGUGGGAUCUGGCAAGCCCAAGGAUGGAGCCCUCAUUAGUGUGUUCUUAAAUUGUUUGAAAGCGGCCCAAGUGUCAUCAGUCCAUAUAACAAAAUCUUAUGGGCAGUUUUAAAAACCUAUACAAAGGUUGGACCAAUAUUCAAAAUU